AUGAAAACCAUAGUGAAGGAAAACAACUACAGAGGGCAUGGAGACAGUGUGGAUCAGCUGUGCUGGCAUCCCACCAACCCUGAUCUGUUCGUCACCGCAUCAGGAGACAAGACCAUCCGCAUCUGGGACGUACGGACCACCAAAUGCAUGGCCACGAUCAGCACCAAAGGGGAGAAUAUCAACAUAUGUUGGAGUCCUGAUGGUCAGACCAUUGCUGUCGGUAACAAGGAUGAUGUUGUGACUUUUAUUGAUGCCAAAACGCACCGUCCCCGUGCCGAGGAGCAGUUCAAGUUUGAGGUCAAUGAGAUCUCCUGGAAUAAUGACAAUGACAUGUUCUUCCUGACAAACGGAAACGGAUGUAUUAAUAUAUUAAGUUAUCCUGAUCUCAAGCUCAUUCAGUCAAUUAAUGCCCAUCCGUCCAACUGCAUCUGCAUUAAAUUCGAUCCCACGGGCAAGUAUUUUGCCACCGGAAGUGCGGAUGCGCUGGUCAGUCUGUGGGAUGUGGAGGAGCUGGUGUGUGUGCGCUGCUUCUCCAGACUCGACUGGCCUGUGCGGACGCUUAGUUUCAGUCAUGAUGGGAAAAUGCUGGCGUCAGCCUCUGAGGAUCAUUUCAUUGACAUUGCUGAAGUAGAGACGGGUGAGAAGCUCUGGGAGAUUCAGUGCGAGUCUCCGACCUUUACUGUAGCGUGGCAUCCGAAGAGACCUCUGCUGGCGUACGCCUGCGACGAUAAAGAGGGCAAAUAUGACAGCAACCGAGAGGCAGGGACCGUCAAGCUCUUUGGACUUCCCAAUGACUCCUGAGGACCAGAGGUUUCACGUGUUCAUGCUUUGAGUUUUAGAAGUGACCAGCAGAGGGCAUCACAAGCUCAGAGGAAACAAGGCAUGGCAUUGCAAUGUAUAAUAUUGACAUUUUUGUCUGUUUGCCUUUUUUAAUAGAAAAACUCUGUACUGUAUUUUUUAAAUAAAGUGUUUCAUAAAGCAUGAUUGAUCUAAAAGCCAUAUGACAUGUUAUGCUUUUUAAAUUGAAUACA